AUGCUUGAAUUUGUCUUCCAAGGUAAGUGUGAAUACCUUUACAAGCCAGCUCAGCUUCUUGCUAAGGAUAUGUCAAUGUUACAUAUCCCAUCUGAAAGAAUUGCUUUGAAAGAGAAGUUUAGAGAUGAACAUCUUGAAGAAUUAAAGCAAAAAGCUUAUGAGAUGGGUGUUAGACUUGCUAAUGAAUAA